AAACCAUUUAUGAAUUUCCGCCUUAAACCCUAGGACACAAAUAAGCUCAACGAAGUACAGGCUGAAGUCUUCCUUUCAGUCUCAUGCAAUCCGCCUUACGUAUUUCUACUUCAAAUCCUACUUUCAAUUUGAGCUCGCGAUGGGAAAGACAAACGAAAACUCAAUUCUUUCUUCCGAUUAAGCAAAACCCCUGUUUUAAAAGAACCUUAGAGCUACCAAAUUCGUUGAAAACUUCAUUCCACUUCGAAUUCGAAGAGGAGAAAUUGAAAAAAGAACUUGAACCCACAACACCCACGCUACUUCCGGUCAUUAUUCGACAGUCUGACGGUGUUUCCCGAUACUUUUGGGAUGGUAAUGAUUUAAAAUUGGUUUCUAUCGACGGGAAGCCAUUUUGCUUCGAUAAUUUUGAUGAUUUAGUUGAUGGGUGUCGAAGGUUAUUGCGAAGUUGCAGUUUGGGUAUCAGAAAUUUCUUGCUUCCCAGAGAAAUUAAUGAAAAUUAUUUGGAAUAUGUGAAAUGGAAAUUCUUGCACAGAGUCUUCAGUUCUGCUCUUCAAGUUCUUGCUACACAGGCAAUGUUCAGGGCAAUUGGAAUUGGAUAUGCCCGUUCACUCCCAUCUGCAGCAGCUCUGAAUUGGGUUUUGAAAGAUGGGCUUGGAAGGUUAAGUAGGUGCAUCUACACUGCUAGUCUGGCUUCUGCAUUUGAUACAAAUCUGAAGAGAGUUAGGUUCUUGACAUCGGUUGUUUUCAGUUUGAGCAUUGGUGUUGAGUUGAUGACUCCUGCUUUUCCACAAUACUUUUUGCUUCUUGCAUCAAUAGCCAACAUCGCUAAGCAAAUAAGCCUCGCAUGCUACCUAGCAACUGGUACAGCUGUCCAUAGAAGCUUUGCAGUAGCAGAUAACCUUGGUGAAGUUUCUGCCAAAGCACAGAUUCAACAAGUCUGUUUUGACAACCUUGGUCUUAUGCUGGCUGCAGCCCUAAAUAUUAUGUUGAAGAACGACCAAAGAUUGCAAGCAGGUUUACCAUUUGUUGUAUACCCAAUUUUCACAGCCAUUGAUCUUUAUGGGAUAUAUCAAAGUUUAAACCAUGUCCAUUUGCAAACAUUAACCAAGGAUAGGUUAGAGAUAAUCAUGGAUACAUGGAUUCAAUUUGGAUAUAUCCCUUCACCAGCAGAAGUAAGUAAAAAGGAAGGAAUGAAUUUCUUCUCAAGCAAAGGGAGAUUAAAAUGGCCAAUAAGGAUCGGUUGCUUGAACCCCAAAUGCCAAAUACCACAAAUAUCAAUGAUGGCUAUGCGAUCUUUAAGUAAAGAUGAUUUUUACUUUGUAUGCAUGGAGAUCUCCUUCCAUGGGUUUCAAAGAAAUGAAGGUAUCCUUCUUUGUUUACGUGAAGGAUCAAGUACUUCAGAUAUCAUCAUGGGUCUCUUACAGGCGUGCUACAUCCGUGAGAGGCUAACAUACAUGAGGAAAAAAGGUGAAGAAAUUUUAGAAGGUUGUGAGUGGUUUGAUAUGGCAAAUGAGUGCAAGAAAUGUGCAAAAGAAGAUAUGAAGGUGGUGAAUGAGAAGAUGGUGGAAUUAGGUUGGGCUUGUAAAAAUAUUUUGUUGAGCACAGAUGAACAGACUAGGUUUAGUUUUGUAAACGAUUAAGAUUAGUCGGGCUUGUGGUAUAAAAACAGUGUAUG